AUGGCUAAUAAAAUAGUUUUAUCUAUAACCAAACGCUUAUAUUCUGGUUCUGUUGGAAGAAUUCAAGCUGAAAAAUACGUUCUUACUAAACAUUUUAGCGGAGAACCAAAGAAAAGUGACUUUAAAAUUGUUUAUGAAGAACUUCCAGAACUAUCAGAUGGAGAAAUAUUAACGGAAGCCGAAUACCUUAGUGUAGACCCGUACAUGCGAGCUUAUAUGAUAGGAUACAAAUUGCCAACAGACAUGAUAGGCGGACAAGUAGCGAGGAUUAUAGCAAGUCGGAAUAAAAAUUAUCCGGUUGGCGCCUAUGUCGCAGGGUCUUUUGGAUGGCGAACUCAUACUAUUUGUAACCCUAAUAAGCCCCCUAACAUGGGUUUUUUGCCUUUAAAUAUGUUGCCGGACAUAAGCCCACAUCCUGUUUCUCUUGGGCUAGGAAUACUAGGCAUGCCCGGUAAUACAGCUUAUUUUGGCUUAAAAGAAAUAUGCAAGCCGCAGAGAGGUGAAACUAUUGUAAUAACUGGGGCAGCUGGCGCUGUUGGUUCACAUGUUGGACAAAUUGGUAAAAUAUUAGGUUGUCGAGUUGUUGGUUUUGCUGGGUCAGACGAGAAAUGUGAAUACUUAGAAAAAGAAUUGAAAUUCGACCGCGCAUUUAAUUACAAAACGGUCGAUAUAAAGGCUGCUCUGAGGGAGAGUGCGCCAAACCGCGUCGACUGCUAUUUUGACAAUGUCGGCGGGGAAAUAAGUUCAACUAUUAUGAGUUAUAUGAAUAAAAAUGGAAGGGUGGCUGUUUGUGGUUCUAUAUCAUCUUACAAUGAUGCUGUUUUACCGAAAGUGACAAUUUUGCAACCAGCAAUUGUUUUUAAAGAACUGAAAGUAGAGGGAUUUUUGGUAAAUCGUUGGGCUGAUCGUUGGAGUGAGGGUAUCAAAGCCAAUCUGGCCUGGCUACGUGAGGGCAAAUUGCAAUAUCAAGAGAAAGUUUAUCACGGUUUUGAUAACAUGGUUGAAGCUUUAGUUGGUAUACUAAGAGGAGAGAACAUUGGAAAAGCAGUAGUUAAAGUCAAAUAA